AUGCUGUUGGUGCAAGCGGAGAUACCAUUAAUUCAGUGGCUGGUCAUUGCGGGACAUCGGCAGAGUCCGAACAGACCGGUCACGUUUCAACGGCGGCAAGACAAGACCUUUGAAUUCGUACUCUUCCGUCCUAUUAUUUCUUCACAACCUGGCCUCAAAUAUUUCUAUCUCUCAUCGCUGCUGAUGAGUCGACAAACGACAAUCAAGCUACCGGCUUUGGAUCUAUCUGCGGCUCGCGCUCAUGUCCCAUUAAAGUCUCGCGCCCGCAGCGGCAGCAUCGUCAAAGUCGAAGAAGUCGGUGAACGUUCUGUCGACGAGGUGCUCGACAGAAGUGCAUAUGCUAAUAUCAACGCCGACUGGGUCAAUGCCAAAGGUGCAUGGCUCAUUCACGUAGUCCUCAUCAUCCUCGGCAAAAUUAUCGUCGACACGGUUCCAGGGAUGACUCAACAAAUAAGCUGGACAUUGGUGAACUUAAUGUAUCAAGCGCUAUCAUACCUUAUGUUCCACUGGGUAACUGGCAUACCAUUCGAGAACGAUCUUCAUGGAGGGGCCUACGAUGACCUAACGCUGUGGGAGCAAAUAGACGACGGUGCCCAAUACACACCAGCAAAGAAGUGGCUGUUCUGCGUUCCGGUUGCCUUAUUCCUGGCUUCAACACACUACACAAAUUACAACCCUUGGCUAUUUGCAAUCAAUCUCACUGCCCUUAUAUUCGUGCUAAUACCCAAACUCCCCCAACUGCAUCGCCAACGAGUGCGCUUCAUGACCGAUGGAGCAUCUGGCAUGGCCACACCUCUUACCCCAAGCUUCCCUAAUUCCGGUAGAUCAACGCCAACUUUAGACAAACCCGGGCCCGACCUCAUCACCGAAGCCCACUUUCGAUAG